AUGGGCAAAUCCGGCACAACCGGCCUGAAAUGGCUUCUAUCGUCUCUUUUACUCUCUUCUCAGGCACACGGAUUCUACAUUCCGGGUUGGUCUAUCAAGAGUUACAAAGACAACGAGCAAAUUCCGCUGCUGGUCAACAAGGUCUACUCGGACAAUACCCAAUUGCAAUAUGCCUAUUACGGUCUGCCCUUCGUCUGCCCUCCGACGGGCAAGAAAUCCGCCGGAGGGCUCUUGAGUGGACAGAGCAUAUCAUUGAACCUGGGCGAGGUUCUUCGUGGCGAUCGCAUCAUCACUUCGGAUAUGGAUUUAAUCAUGGGACAGGACAAGGAAUGCAGUUUCCUGUGUAAUCAAGAGGUGAAUCGGAAGGAUCUCCGACGAGCCAAAGAGAUGGUCAAAAACGGCUACGUGGUGGAAUGGAUUGUGGACAAUCUUCCCGGAGCCACCAGUUUCGUCACGGUCGACAAAUCACGAAAGUACUAUGCCGCCGGUUUCAAGCUGGGCUUCACGGAUUACUCGUCAAGCACGGGAAAGCCACGGUACUUCCUCAAUAACCACCAUACAAUCGUCGUCCGCUGGCGCAAAGCCCCUGGCCGAGCUGGCGCCAAGGGUGGCAAGGUGGUAGUGGGUUUCGAAGUCUACACGAAGAGCAUUGGUCCUAGUAAUAAGCGCGAGAACGGCUGCCCCGUGGAUCUACAUGAUGUGGACGAAAAUUUCGCACUCUACCUAGCGCCAAACAAGACCACGGACCUCACAAUCCAAUAUCCUCACUCCUCCUACUAUCCCGAGGAUUUGGAAGAGGUCGAUGACGACGACGCCACUCUCACCAUCCCAUACACCUAUUCAGUUUACUUCCGAGAGGACGAUUCUAUUGAGUGGAGCCGCCGGUGGGAUCUGUAUUUUGUUAACCAGGAAGAGGGUUCCAAGAUUCACUGGUUGGCCAUUGUCAACUCUUUGAUAAUCUGUGGUCUAUUGACGGGCAUCGUUCUCAUGAUCCUAGCCAAGACUAUCAGAACUGAUAUCAAGAGUUAUAAGGAAGGCAUUGUUGAAGAUGGAAAGUUGCGAAUCAAACGCAAAAGAAAGCCCGGUAUCCGCAGUCCCAAGUUCGCCGAGAAGUCCUCAGGCCUUGGCCUUCUGGAGCAGCAGGGCGAGGCUGAUAACGAUGCCGAUACUUCGUCCGACGAGGAGGCUCUUGAGGACGUUACCGGUUGGAAAUUGCUUCACGCCGAUGUCUUUAGAAAGCCGGAGUAUGGCUACCUGCUGGCCCCCUUGGUCGGGUCAGGCAUGCAACUAUUAUUCAUGGCUUUUGGCCUGGUUCUUCUUAGCGCCAUUGGCAUUUUGAACCCCAGCUUCCGUGGCGGUUUCAUCAGUGCCGGCGUCGGACUUUUCGUCUUCGCCGGCCUCUUCUCUGGCUACUUCUCGGCGAGGGUAUACAAGACGUUUGAUGGACAGGACUUCCGCAAGAACGCUUUCCUCACCGCGGCCCUCUUCCCUGGUCUCAUGUUCGGUCUGAUCUUCAUUCUCAACCUCUUUGUCUGGGCACAAGCUUCCAGCACAGCCAUUCCAUUUGGCACGUUGAUCGGCAUAGUUCUGCUCUGGCUGUGCAUCCAGGUUCCCCUAGUGUACAUUGGUUCCUGGUAUGGCUUUGUGAAAACCGGCAUUUGGGAAGACCCCACCAAAACCAGUAACGUUCCCCGACAGGUUCCGCGGCAAGCGUGGUACAUCCAGAGCCUGCAGUCGAUCCUGCUCGCUGGGCUCAUCCCCUUUGCCGUCAUCUUCAUCGAGCUCUUAUUCGUCUUCCAGUCGGUGUGGCAAGACAAGAGCGGAUACUACUACGUUUUCGGAUUCUUGGCCGUGGUGUCGGUCAUCCUUAUAUUAACCAUUGCCGAGGUCACCGUCGUGACUGUCUACAUCCAGCUCUGCUCCGAGAACUACCACUGGUGGUGGCAGUCCUUCUUCGUUGGCGGCGGCAGCGCCGUCUGGGUUUUUCUCUAUUGUGUUUGGUACUACUUUGUGAAACUGCACAUAUCCGGGUUCGUGAGCUCGAUGCUCUUCUUCAGCUACAGCUUCAUGGCGUGUUGUGUAUAUGGGCUUUUGACGGGCACCGUGGGGUUUUUGACGGCGUAUGCUUUUGUUAGGAGGAUAUAUGGGUACGUUUAUUGUCUUUCCUUCAUCACAUAUCUUUCUCGUGAGUUUUGA